UCCGUCUAUGUUGCCAUAUGUUGAGCAACUUUGUUGUGCGAAUGACACAUUUGGUUAAUGGUUACAGACGUGGCAUUUCUACACACCUGCUUUUAAAAAAAAGACUUUUCUUUCCCAGGACAAGGCAGAAGUCGACUGAAGCCAACCUCAAUGUCUAGCUGCUUCAAGUGGAGGUGUUUGGGAGACAGUGGAUAUUUCUGCGACAGGAAUUGGAAUUGCACGGCGUUACGGUGAUGGUGUCAGAGUCCGCCGCAUAAAGAGAGCGAAGAUGAUGUCCCUGAUCGACCUGGAUGACGACCAGCGCUGGGUCCCCACGCACGUCAAUGUCACGGUCCUCCGCGCUAGAGGACUGCGGACCAAGGGCAAGCACGGCAGCCGCUACCUGUACACCGUCGUCCAGUCCGGGAAGGACAAGUACACCACCGGCCUGGUGGAAAAGGCGGAGGUUCCCGAGUGGACUGAGGAGUGCUGCUUCGAGCUGCUGCCCGGGAUCCUGGAGGAGGGAGGCCGGGCCGCGUACCCGCCAGGCAGCGGGAACCUGGUGCUCACGGUCAUGCACCGGGUCCUCAUCGGCUUGGACGUGUUUCUGGGUCAGACCGUCAUCCCGCUGGACCGGAUAUUCCAGGAGGGAAUGUGUCCGAGAGAUGAGUGGUUCAAGCUCCACUCCAAAGCUGGCAGAAAAGAGAAGGAGCGCGGUGAACUCCAACUGACCGUCCAGUUCACCCGCAACAACAUGACAGCAAGCAUGUUCGACCUGACCAUCAAGGACGCGCCUCGUUCUGCUUUUGGCAAACUCAAGGACCGAGUCACGGGCAGGAAGAGGGGAGACGUGGAGUCUUCCUCUGCUAUUUUGCCAGGACGCUACGCUGCCCUGUCGGGAUCGGUGACCGAACCAUGUGGGGAUGAGGGAGUGCCCGUGGAGAUGGUGGAGGAGAAGAGGAGUAAGGUCAAGGAGUUCUUCAAAGGAAGGCUGAGAUUAGCUUCUGAUUCCAGGUCGUGCUCCUCAUUAGCCUCAGACAGUAGCAUGUCCAGCAUCGCCAGUGAAAGCCUCGGCCCUCCACCAAGUCUGCUGACAGACCCGCCCAGCUCCCCCAUCUACACGUCCAAAGUCAGGGUGGACUCCGGCUAUGGAGAGGCAGAUUUAGCCAAAAAAGUGCUGACGAGUCAACACACCACAAAGGUCAUGACUCACAAGCGAGCCUUCAGCGACGAAGUGAGCAAGAUCACCACGGGGACGCCCCGGUCCAGUCUUCCCGUCGAGUCCAUCAGAAGCCAGUCAAUGACUCAGUCCAAGUCCUCCUUGUGUAUCAAUGGAAGCCAUGUUUAUGAAUCUGAGCCUUCCACUCCAAAGUCUUCCGCAGCGAUCCCAUCCAAACUCUUGCUGGAGAAGUGUUCCCCUCUUUCUCGAUCCCUACAGAACCUCACCAAGCGAAGUGAGGACAAGGGUUUGGGCGAAGGCAGACGUUGGUCUUUCGACAAGACAAAGAAAGAGGAGAAGCAGGAAGAAAGGGAUGCAUCUCUGACAUCAGUGGAGAUCGAAGGUGGCCAAGCCGCCACACCAAUCCUCUCCAGUGGAGCUGAUUCGUCAGAGAAAGGGAGAAAGCUUAAGAAGACCCUAUUCUCUGGAGGGAGGAGCGACUCUCUCCCAGCAAAGACUGAAGGGAGCCAGCCGGCUGAAGGAAGACUUCGAGGCUGGUUUGGCUCUGGAGACAUUCAGAACAAACCAAGGCUGGAAGGUUCCACUAAGGUAGAAAGCAGCUCAGACGUUCCCCCUCCCAUUGUUCCUUGCUCACCUGAACCCCUCCGGUGUCCCUCACCCUCUCCAUCACCCUGUCACCACGACUCCAUUACCCCCACAUCUUCUCCUUCCUCAACCCCGAUUUCCCCCUCCAACCCUUUCCUCUCACGUAUACAACGCAACCCCUUUUUUGAAGAGCUCAUAUCCGAAGAGUUACGGAGGUCGCCGCCUCUUGCACCUCUCUCUCCGUCCGCUUCUUCCACCUUUUCUCACAAUGUCCCACCAUCUCUGCAGCACAGCACUCCCCACUCCACUCAUGAUGUCGGGGCUUCAAAUGUAGGUUCCAUAAAGCGUGAGCGCCCCAGGCCGGUCCCUCGGCAGGUAUCUCUCCCUACUUUAGUUCAAACAGCAUCCACAGACUCUCCCUCGAAGCGUGAAAGCAACUGUAAACAGGAGGAUGGCUUUGAUGCAUUCGCCUCCAGCAGGCUCUAUUCUCCAACAGGAAAUGCGCCUCAGAUCAAACCAAGAACCAGCAAGAGGAGCAGUUCACUUCGGCUAAAUAAGGACUGCGCUCCAGAGUGGGAGGAACAGCCUCCACCAGUGCCUCCAAGAAGACUCCUUAGAUCAUCAGUAAGUGAAAUCUAUUCCGAUGGCUGGCUUCAUAGAGGUCAGGAACUGGCUGUCCACAAAGAAGCCUACCUCUUAUCCCAAACUGGAGUGGCCUCACGCCAGCGUGAAAGAGAAGCGGAUUCCAAGAGUAGGGUUGUCGCGAUGGACUCUUACAUCAGAAACAAGGAUACAGUCUCUGGCAACUCUCACACCCACAGGGGCUUUGUUGGGUCUGUAGCUGAAGACAAGUUAAGGAAGUUUAGGUACGAACCCCUGGAGGAUGUGAGCGACUGCUGGGGAGGCAUGUUCUUCGAGCAAGACUUGUACGGACGAGUUUUUAGAGCAAACUGUCCACAGCCCAAAGCGACGAAUCGACUGUCACUGAACGCAGUGGAAACCACCGUGAACAAAAUCACAUGCAACAAUGUAACGCCCAACAUGAUCCUCGAUAGCAGAACGUCCGUAAUGGGUCAUCUGAAGCGCUCACCCUGUGACAAGUCAGACUUAGAUGCCCUCCAAUCUGUUUUGACUUUGGAAGAGCAGAAGGACGCUCCACUUUCGAAUCUAUCAAAAUGCCUUAACAACAACAUGAUUCCAGCCAAAGAAGAUCUAAACAUGAAUCAUCCAGAUUUUGGUUUCAUCGAUUCUGAUCGGUCCUUCCAGUCGGAGUCGGUGGAUUCACUCAAAGGCAUCAGCAGCUUGGAGGAAAGUGUUGCCCUGGACGUUUCUCCAGUUGCACCUCAUAACACAACAGUCACCCAAAAAUGCGUCUAUACUUUGAAGGACACCCAUAUAGCUGAUAUAGCCCCCUCCGAUGAAGCCAUGGAUUCUUAUGAUAAACUAUGCAGCGUUUCCUCUGGGCAUCAGGACACUUGUGGGGACUCCGGCAGCAACCAUCCUGCAACAGAACCCAGGGAAGAGGAGACCAACGGAGCUCAUUUGAAAAGGACCAUGGAAGAUUGCGAUGAUAACGGGAACCCGCAAGAUGAGUUGGACGCAAACAACCAAUCGGAUCUUUUUCCAGGCGUAGUCAGUGCUCGUCUUAGGCCCAAAGGAAUUUCCAGAACAAACAGUCCGAACAGCCAAGGCGGAGGAGGCGACAGUGAUUUUGAGCAGUUUUUAUUUCUCGUGCAAAAGAUUUCCGUCAGUGAGGACUCCACCUUCUAUCAGCCCACCGAAACAGCUGUUCUAGCAGAAACAUGCAAGGCGGGAUCCCAGAUUAGCUUUAAGGACCUCCAUGCUAAAGUUGCCCCAGAUAUGAGAGUCCCAUCCGAGUCAAAGAUUGGGCAAUCUUUGCAGGAGCCCCCACAUCCCAUCCUCUCUGCAGAAGCUCUGAUCUCCCCUGUCUGUUGCCCCCCUGUGCGCACCUCAAGCAUGGGGCUUCCAAGUGCCGAAGCCCGCUACACCACCUGCUCUACCACUGACCAGCACCUGGUCGAUGCACAACCCUCACUUUUGCCUGAGAAGACACAGCCAUCUAGCAACCUGCCCCAUCAGGAGAGCAGAACUCACCCUGUCAAGCCAUUAACCUCAAGUCAGAUGGAGAAGAAGGAGAGUCGCUCAGUGCUGGAGAAACUCAAGUCCACCAUCAACCCUGGACGCACGGCGCAGCAGGCGGCUGCUGAGACGGCGGCGAGCCAGGAGGCGACAGUGGACACCUCGGCUCACUACCAGCACCUGACCAACAUGGAGCUGAUCUCCCUGCUGCUGCAGCAGGAGAUGGACAUGCAGAAGCAGCAGGCGGCCUCGGAGCAGCAGGGCGCCAAGCUGGAGAAAUGUGAGGCCGAGCUGAAGAAAGUCAAGGCUCAGGUCCGAGACCUGGAGGACUACAUUGAUAAUCUCCUGUUGAGGAUCAUGGAGCAGACACCCACGCUGCUUCAGGUGCGGAACAGACACAAAUGACGUCAGCCUUCAGUGCAGGCCCCUAAAAUAAAAGCUAAAAUGACUGACACGGAACAGGGUCCACCCAGAUCUCCACACUGCUGACACUGCCCUUUUGAAGUGGACGCACCCUUCGCCGCUGUGCAUGUGGUUUCAAUGGCAUCUGAAAAAGAGAAGUAGAUGCAAAAUAUACAUUUUAAUUGAGCUUAUUAGAGUGUUAGUAGAUCUCAAACUCACGAUCAGUGUCGAUAAAAAAAACACCAUUUGAAAGAAAUGGUUUAAUUUUGAAUCGUAAAAAUCACAUAUACAAGGUGAAGUAAGGUUCAAUCAUCUCUGCAAAAUCCCACUGGCGCUCUUGGUCACUGCUUAUUUACAAUUUCCAGAUAAGAAGCAGCAUGUCAAAACACCACGCUGAAUGCAAUAGCCAUCUUUGAUAUAAUAAAAACGCUUUGUGUAUUUCCAGGUGUAUAUAU